GCCGACUGCGCGUACACGCGCGUGCACCGUAAAAUGGAGCUGGUCAGAGAUUUCGGAGAUCCCCAUGUCCUGACGCUCGCCGAAGAUCACAUCGUGCUCAAACUGGACACUGCAUGGGCGCGGGAUGUGAUUCUCCCAAAAGGUCUCUCUAUUUCCGACGAGGACGGCCUCCUCCUAGUCGCGAACCAGAGAUCUCUGGUUUCGGCAUCGAAGACAGGCUUAUUACGUGGGGUGACAAUCUCGAAGGCCCUGUUCUGCGGAUGCGCAUCAUUUGACUCCUCGGACAGCUACCGCCGGGUCGCCGGCACACUGCUCCGAGAAACCCAGCAGCUAUGCAUCAUACACAACAGGGACAAGGUGUACACGCUUAUUCGUAUGUUCCCGAACGUCGAGAUCCUUGCGCUACCGCACGAUCUUUGCACACAUGCCUUGGAAUUGGACGAGCCCUGCAGGGAUCGUUCUGCACCAAUGGUCGAACGGAGCAAACUGAAGGAACUGGUGGGCAGCAUUGGCAGCUUGCGUGAUGGCUGCAUUUUUCUGAGUCCUGAGACUACGCUGGCGAUAAUGCGCACUUGUCCUGACUUGCAGGUGGGUGUGACCUCGCUGAAAAUGCUCGCGAAGGUCUCGGCGUUCAGUAACCUUCGCAGCCUCAUGGUGCAACUCCUCCCUGAUAUUACCUUCCACGAGGUGGAUCGGGAACUCAGGAAGCUACUUCCGACGUUACCGAGUCUCGAAGAGCUGGUCCUGGAGAACUGCGGUGGCCUGAUGCUCUCCACGAUCGCGAGACUGUGCCCCAAGCUCAAGAGCCUGAGUCUACUAAACGGCGUUGGGUCACGUCAUGACAUCCCUGUAAACGGCGACGCGUUCCCUUAUCUGGAGGAGGUCGAAAUCGAAAUGAAAGUCUUGAAGAGCGCUUUUCACUCGCUUCUGUCAGCCACACGCGACACGCUUCGCAGCGCGCGCUUCGGUGAUGACGAACUCUGCAUUAGCUUCUUGAUGCAUUGCCUCCAGCACGGUCGACAUAGCCCAUUUUCUCGGCUCGAACACCUAAUUUUGUACACGGAACGGUCGCUACGCGUGCUGCAACUUCAGCCUGAGGAUCUGCACGACGUACUGAAGGCCCUGCCCGCUCUCCGACACCUGCAGACGGACAGCUACGACCUGCGACUGUUCUUCGAGAACUACUGCAUUCCACGUGGUCGACUGGCGCUGUCCUGGUUACAUUGCAUGCACUGUGCGGUGCACAAUCCCGAGUUUCACGGGCUUGAUGAAUUCUGUGCCUCCUUAGUUGACAGUCUGCGUCCACGCCAGUGA